AUGGCUGCUGUACGUAGUUUGCUGAAAGAGAGUUGUGCUCUUCUAAGCAAACCCAAACAAAUGUUGCCUUCUCUGAUAGAAGCUGGGGCUCGCCUCUUUGUCACGAGGUUCCUGAGAAGAUAUAUCUCCUGCGGACGUUUAAUAUUAAUGGAGGAAGGGGGCACAACAUUCAGUUUUGAGGGAAACAUGACAAAAUGUUCUCUUGAAACCGUUCUUAGAGUUCAUAGUCCCCAGUUUUACUGGAAGGUCAUGUCACGAGCUGAUUUAGGCCUUGCAGAUGCAUACAUUGAUGGUGAUUUUUCUUUCGCAGUUGAAAACGAUGGCCUUCUAAAUCUUUUUAUGAUUAUUAUUGCCAGUAGAGAUGCAAAUUCCUCAGCCACAAAAUCGAAGAAGACAAGCAGGGGCUGGUGGACUCCAUUGAUAUUCACAGCAGGCAUAGCAUCUGCAAAGGACUUUCUCAAUCAUUUUUUAAGGCAAAAUACCCUUACACAUGCUCGCAGGAACAUCUCUCGCCAUUACGACCUGAGUAAUGAAUUGUUUGCUCUGUUCUUGGAUGAAACAAUGACAUACUCGUCUGCUGUAUUUAAGAAGGAAGAUGAAGACUUGAAAGUUGCACAGCUGAGAAAAAUCUCUAUUUUGAUUGAAAAGGCAAGAAUUGAUAACAAGCAUCGAGUUCUUGAUAUUGGGUGUGGUUGGGGAAGCUUUGCCAUUGAAGUUGUCAAACAGACCGGGUGCAAAUACACAGGCAUCACUCUAUCUGAAGCGCAACUAAAAUAUGCGGAAAAGAAAGUGAAAAAUGCUGGCCUUCAGGACCAUAUUAGGCUUCUUCUUUGUGAUUAUCGCCAGGUGCCAGAUACCUACAAAUAUGACAGAAUUAUAUCUUGCGAGAUGAUAGAACAUGUUGGCCAUGAAUUUAUGGAAGAGUUUUUUGGUUGCUGCGAGUCAUUGUUAUCCGAAGACGGGAUUCUUUUUCUGCAGUUCUCAUCGAUGCCAGAUGAACGUUAUGAUGAGCACAAGAAAAGCUCAGACUUUAUAAAGGAAUAUAUAUUUCCCGGUGCAUGCAUACCUUCAUUAAGCAGGAUAACAUCAGCCAUGGCUUCUGCAUCCAGACUCAGUGUGGAGCACCUGGAGAACAUAGGGAAUCAUUACUACCAAACACUCCAAUGCUGGAGGAAAAAGUUUAUGGAAAACCAGAGCAAAAUCGUUGCUCUCGGCUUUGAUGAAAAAUUUAUAAGGACGUGGGAAUAUUACUUUGAAUAUUGCGCAGCUGGUUUUAAGUCGCGUACACUUGGAGAUUAUCAGAUUGUAUUCACACGUCCUGGCAAUGUUGCUGCAUUCAGCAAUUCAUAUCAAAGUGUGCCAUCGGGAGUUGAUUCUGUUCCCGAUGGAGAUACCGAACCUUCAUAUUAAUGGCAGGAGUUGGUCAUCUUCCCCAAGUAGAUCAAAGAUUGCACUUGGAUGCUAUCUUCCAUUUCACUUAAAAUGAAGAAAGAUCUUUUAUCCCGACUGAGACUAAAUAAAAUUAAUGUAAUUUAGUUCACGUAUGUAAUGAGAAGAUAUCAUCUAAAACCCACCAGAACAUGUUGGCCUUCUCAACCGUUAGCAACAACAAUCAAACGGUUGGAUUUACCACAUCGGCACACAAAUUUGCCUCAAUAGCCAAGAUAAGAAAGAGACAACUUGGAAUCAGAAUCUCCCCCGCUUUCACUAAGCAGUAACCCAACAGCCCAAAACACGGGUGAGAGCUUUUCCCAUCAACACCACAUUAUACGAAUAAUAAAAAAGAAAAUGCAUGCUUAUAGAU